AUGUUAACGUCAAGUGUUUUGAGUAUAUUCUUAUGGAGCAUCAGUUUGGCAGAAUGGGUAGACAUGCCCGAAUUCUCGGAUGAAAAGAAAAUAUACAGAAUAUCUUCGCCAAGGCAAGAUCAUUUUUACACAUUAUCCCAAAAACCUGCAGAGAAUCAAUUCCCUUACGUGUACGAAAGUAUACCUGGUAAAGACUUCAGUGAACAAACAGCGGUUAACGGAAGUGGAGGGUUCGUCACGCACCAACUAGAAGAUUCUGAUAACGGGGCUACGAUCCAUGAAAAUGCUAGUGAAGAAAAUUUAUUUCUAACUAGUACCGACGAACAUAAAGAUACAACAGACUCGUCCACAGUGGAUGAGAAGGAUACAACUACAGAAUACUACAAUGAUUCGGUAAUCUCGAACAAUAUGGAUAUUCUGAAGUAUUUGCCAGUGAACGUAUUCAAAAAUGUUCAUCGCACUUUAAAAUCACAGCCUACAUCUACAGAAGGGAAACUACUGUUUUUAAAAACGUUUGAGAAAACACUGAUAACGGAAAUAGAACGUCGGUUUGCACAAUCUAUAACAGUCAGUCGGGAAAAAAGAGGCGCCGAUCAUUACGACCAUAGUUAUGAUUCACACGAACAUGCCACAGGAUUUCCAUCAAUAGAAGGUGCACUGAUGGCUAUCUCGUUUCUUACUUUUGCUGUGUAUCUUGUACGAUUAGUCAUGCUCUUAUUUAGAAAUAUGAACAACUCUACAGCUACCACUACUGGCGCUACUCUGCUUCUUGGUAGAAGAAAAAAGUCUAUAAAUGGAUUUGACGAAGACACGGCUAGAAUCCUGAAUGGUAUGGAGAAAUUCUCCUAUAAUUUAUAA